AAUCACAUUGCUGGGGAAAGGAGCAGCACCAAAUCCAAGAUUGCGACCAGCAGAAGGCUGAUGAAGGAGCUUGAAGAAAUCCACAAAUGUGGAAUGAGAAACUUCGUAACAUCCAGGUUUGAGGAAGCUAAUUUCUUGACUUGGCAAGGGCUAAUUUUUCCUGACAACCCUCCAUAUGAUAAAGUGGCCUUCAGAAUGGAAAUCAGAUUUCCAGCAGAGUACCUAUUGAAACCACUGAAGACCACAGUUAAAACAAAGAUCUAUCACCUAAACAAUGACAAAAAGGAGCAAGUCUGUUUGCCAGUAAUUAGUGCUGGCAACUGGAAGCCAGCAACCAAAACUGACCAAGUAAUCCAGGCUGUCAUAGUACUCGUGAACAACCCCCAGCCCGAGCACCCAUUUCAGGCUGACCUAGCUGAAGAGUAUUCUAAGGACUGUAAAAAAUUCUUUAAGAAUGCUGAAGAGUUUACAAAGAAAUAUGAGGAAAAGCGACCCAUGGACUAAAAUCUGCUGCAGUUGAUUCCAGCAAGUAUGAGCAGAGACCCCAAGCAGUGCAUUCAGGACUCUGUGGAAAAUUGACACAUGCUACCGCCUGGCAUUCGCUUGUGGCACUUACUAAUUUUCCAUAGUUUUCUUAAUCCAAAGUAGUCUAGGAAACCUAUAAAGAAAGGAUUAAAAAUGUAAGAUGUUCUAAAAAAAAUCAUACUGCUACAAGCCAGUUGUCUGCUUACAUUUCAGAUUGUUUGUACUUAAUUCAAACUGCCACAUUAUGAUCAAGUUGCAUCAGCUUCCACUCUACAUUCAUUGUAGAGUAAUGAAUGCUGAGGGGCUCAAACUCCCAAAAACAUUUCCUGGGGACGCUUACAAUAUGAUGGGCAAGUAACAACAUUUUGCUACAGGAGAGUUAUGUACCAUCCCCAGUAUCACUACACCCUUGGAUCUGGUUGCUUCUGGAAUGCUUUUUUCUUUACAUUUCCAAUCCAGGACAAGCCCCACUUUGCCCAUAAAGUUUCCUUGACCUUUCCUUCUCCUCAGCACUCCCCGAGUCUGUACAAUUCUGUUUAGCUUUUAGACAUGUAUUGUAAGCUUUAUGCAUGCUUAUCAGAGCAGCCUUAAUAAUGCCCCAAUAAAAACCACCCAAAUGGCAAGAAAACUGCAAAUUUUGGUGUAACUGCCCCAUGGCUGAGGGAUUCCUCCUCAGCUUCAUCUUUGGAUCCUGGAUGCAGCCUCUUCCUGGAACAAUUCUGUGUCUCCAUCACGGACGCCUAAUUCUCACUUCCAUUGUGGCCUCUUGGGUUUCAGAUUAAGCCUGACAUCCAAUUAUGUGGAUUUUGUACAGGCCUGAUACACUGAACUCUGCAUCUUCUUGGUCUCAUGGAACAUUUGGGACAGGGAUGAUAUCUUCUACUUUUUCUAUUGCACCCAGUGCACAUGGGACCAGUGCCAAGUUCCCCACAUGGGUAACAAGGUUGAUUUCUGGGGAAGAGCGUAUAACUUGGUAAUAGUUGUUAAUUAAGUCCGUCUCAUCCAGACAGGGUAUUUGUGUGUGCCCAUAAUAAGACUCAUACUAGGGGGUGUUUACAAAAACAUUUCUAAUCCUUGGACUCGGAGAACGAAAUCAUGUGUGUAAGGACUUCCCAUCAGGAGAUAUGCAUCUCCCUCUAAAUGCCCAAGCCUACUUUGCAGAGAGCUAAGGCUACCUGUCCCUCCUCCUCUCCCCUCUGCUUCAGUGCUCUCUCCUGAGGUUCACCAGUGGGAAGCAAGCUAACUACCGUAGUCCUGACUUAUUUUGCUCAGAGGAUUUCUUUGCAAUUUUUAUUUUUCCGAGUGAUCUCAAUGUUUGGG